AGUGUGAGAAAAAUAGGAAGUGGAGAUGACUAAAACUGAGUCUAUGAAAAAAAGGAACCACUGAGUACUCAAGAGACAGUUGUGACAAAGGACAAUGCCAUUUGUUGUGAAGAGGUUCAUAAUAGAGAGAAAGAUGCCAUUUAGUUGCUGGUUGUUGUGCAUCUACAUCCUCUGGCUUAAAGUGUCUCCAACUGAGAGCGAGUCAUGGAAUGCCGAGGUUCCUCAAUCCGUGGUUGGCCUCGAGGGCUCAUGUGUGGUAAUUCCCUGCCUGUUUAGGUACCCUGGUGCAGACAGGAAGGCUUCACACCUCAUAGGAAUCUGGUACACGGAUUCUAAUGAGAAAGUCUACCAUUCAGUGACGUCUAAAAUCAGCAGCGCAUUCCAGCAGCGCACAAGCAUCUGGGGUGACUUAAGCCACCGAAACUGCUCUCUGAGAAUCAACCCUUUGCUUCGUAGUGAUGGUGGCCCAUUCACAUUCCGGAUUGAGAUUGAAGAUUUCAACAAGUACUCAUUCACUCACAAUAAAGUGUCUAUUACAAUAAAAGAUUCUCCAGAACAACCAACUCCAUCCAUCCCAGAAGUAAUGAGUUCAGGGAAAAGGGUGACCACCACCUGUUCAGUCUAUCACUCUUGUCCCUCUGACCCACCCAACUUUACCUGGAGCCACAAAGGAGUACUUAGCAGCCAAUCACUGCAGCAAACCAAUGGCAAGUGGAAGAUUACAUCAUCUCUGAGCUUUACACCCUCCAAAACAGACCACAAGAAAUCUCUCACCUGCACAGCUGUAUUUCCAGGAGGCAAGAAAAGUAGCAGCAUGACAACUCUUGAAGUAAAAUAUGCUCCAGAAAAUGUUGCCGUGAUUUCAGAGGUUUCAGUGGUUGAGGGCAGCAACUUGAACAUGACCUGCUCGAGUGACAGUAAUCCUGCUCCCCACACAUACCACUGGUUUACUGAGGCUGGGACCUUGCUGUCAGAAGGACACACUUUCACACUGACGAAUGUGUCCAGACACAUAGGAACCAUCCACUGCACAGCCAUUAACACAGAGGGACAAGGCAACUCCAGUCCAAUACAGCUCAGUGUAUUGUAUCCUCCUGAGAUUAAAGUUGGCUCUUCUUGUACAUUGGACACCUCAGGAGUGACAUGUCUGUGUAUAGUAGACUCACAUCCUGCCAGUGAAAUCAAGUUGUGGGGUGCAGAUCCUUCAACAGAGCUGCGCAGAAUUCAUGAAGAGAAACAUGGCACUCUGAAUAUAGUGACCCUACAGGUGGAGCUAGGCUUCUCUGACACUGUUCACUGCCAAGCCACAAACAGUCAGGGGAACUACACCAUGACUUUACAAGUGCCACACAACCAUGAGACACACAACAGCAAGCUCCUGUACAUUUCAAUUGCUGCCACUGCAUUUCUUGUGACAAUCAUUGGCCUCUCGGUGUGGAUAAUAAAAUGCUGCAGGAGGAAUGACCCUCUCAUAACACCACAGCCAAAGACGGAAAUGAAUGUGACCAGACAGUCUGAGCCAGAAAGGAAAUGCAAAGAUGUGAGCCCAAGCUAUGAUGGAAGUGAGCAUGUGUACGGCAACAUGGCACCUGAGGAGCCAUAUGAAGAGGAGUACCCCUAUGAAUAUGCCAGUGAAUAUGAAGCAACAUAUGCUAAUGUGUGAAUGCCAAAGAAACGUGCUUGGAGAAGGUUUGAAAGAUGGUAUUUUAAUUUUCGUAAGAGUAAAAUCUAACCUUGUUAGAGAACAUUAAGUGUAAUUUAGUAUAUUACAAUAACAAUACAGUAAAAAUACAGUAUAGUUACAGUACAGUAACAAUAAAGUAUUUUUUAAAAGACUGCAAAUCUUAUAAACACAAUAGAAAAUAAUCACUGUCACUGUUGUCUGAGUUUAAAUACUGCAUAUAUUAUUUUUGUUUUGUACUUUAGUGUUAAUGUACUUUUUUUUAUAUUUCAAUGAGAUUAUUUUGUGUUUGCAUGAAAUUUAAACAUAAUUUCAAAAAAACCUGAUG